GUCUUUUUACCCUAUGUGGGGGAUUGUAAUAAAUAUUAUUUAUGUUGGAAUGGUGAAGCUGUGAUGCGUCAAUGUGAGUGGCCAUUCUAUUUCGAUGCCCGCACUCAGAGUUGUGUAAAGGAAAAGGAUCAAUGUCUGCCAAUGUGUCAGAAUUAUAAUUUGACAACAUUUGCCUAUGCACGUACUUGCAGUAAAUAUGUCCUUUGCUAUUUUGGUACACCAGUGCUGCGUGAAUGUCCUGAUGGUCUGCAGUACAAUAGCGAAACGGAUCGCUGUGAUUUCCCCGAAAUCGUCGAUUGUGUGGACUCACAAUGUUCGAUCUAUUCGAAUGCCUAUCAAUUGCAUUUUGUGGCCAGUAAGAAAGCCUGUGACACUUAUUUCAUUUGCGGCAAUGGCAUACCGAAAGAGUUGACCUGUGCCCCAGGCUUGUAUUUCAGCGAAAAAUGCCUUUGCUGUGAUUUGCCCAAGUAUUCGGAUUGUAAUAUCACUGCGUUGGACAGGAAAAAACCACUUCCACCGCUAAAACGUUCAUCACUGGAGAGAUCAGAAUUGUCUUGCCCGCCUCAUGGUAUACACUUUUAUCCACAUCAAACUCUACAGGAUUCCUAUUAUUAUUGUGUGCAUGGGCAUGGUUUAAUUCUAAAUUGUACUCCUGGUUUGGUCUAUGAUCCAACUAUUCAAGAAUGCCGAGAAUCCCAAAAUCUGGGUAUUCAAAAUUGUUGUGUUUCACAAUUUAUGCAGUGUAGGAUGAGAUCGUUUAUUUUAUAUGGCUUGGUUUUGUUGCUGUUUGCCAAGAGCAUUUCAUGCCAAGAUGAGGAAACUACAACCUUAGAUCCUAAUGAUACUACUGUUGGUAAUGAUGAUGAUGGAAGUGAUGUAACAGCUCCAUCUCCUGGUGGUGAUCGUGAUGAAGAGGAUGAUAUUGGUCCAAUAUAUGAUAUCUAUGUGAAUACAUCUAUCAAUAUUUGUGCCAAUGUCGCCGAUGGCGUAAAUUUGCCCUAUGUGGGCAAUUGUGACAUGUAUGUCGAAUGUAUCAAUGGCACCUACGAGAUUGGCAGUUGUUGGGAUGAAGAGAUGAAAACCCACGAAUUAUGCAAAAACGAUCCGUCAUGUGAGAUCGGUUUCGAUUAUGAAUUUCAAGUGUGCACCAACCGGGAAGAAGUGAACUGUUUGCCUACUUGUGAGGAAUACGAAUUGAGCAGUUUUUGCUAUGAUAAUACUUGCACCAAAUAUGUUCUCUGCUAUUUCGGCUAUCCAGUGCUAAGAGAAUGUCCCGAUGGCUUACAAUAUAAUAAUGAGACAGAUCGCUGUGAUUUUCCGCAACAUGUGGAUUGCGUUGCCAAUUAUUGUUCGAAUUGGGAUCAACCGGAGAAUAUCAUUUACUUGCCCAGUAAAGCGCAUUGCAAUAAAUAUUAUAUCUGUUCCAAUGGCAAGGCCUGGGGUCAAGAAUGUUCCAAUGGCUUGUUAUACAAUCCAAAAAUCAAAAGUUGUGAUUUUCAGAAGAAUGUCAACUGUACGAUUGAAGCUACCCAAAGGAAUAUCCAACCGUAUUCCCGUAGACCACCACGUCGCGCUGAUAUCACUUGUCCAGCCAGAGGUAUUCAUUUCAUUGAGCACAACAGACGUCGCGAUGCCUACUAUUAUUGUGUCAAUGGUCGUGGUGUAACUCUCGAUUGCACGCCAGGCCUCUACUAUGACCCCAAAAUUCAAGAAUGCCGUGAAUCCCAAUAUAUCUAUGCCUAA